ACCAGAGUGUAUAUAUAUACAAGUGUGGAUCUUCAUCUGAAUUUUGAUCGGAAACUCAGAAGUGGUGGAGAAGAUGAUACGAGCGGUGAUGGUGAUAAAUACUCAGGGCAAGCCUCGCCUUGCUAAGUUCUACGAAUUUCAGCCUGUGGAGAAGCAACAGGAGCUAAUACGCAGCGUCUAUGGAGUGUUGAGCAGUAGAGCUGAGAAUGUGAGCAAUUUCCUGGAUGCGGAGUCUAUUUUUGGUCCGGACACUCGGCUUGUGUACAAGCAUUUUGCAACUUUGUACUUUGUCUUUGUUUUCGAUAGUUCUGAAAACGAGCUUGCCAUGCUCGACUUGAUACAAGUUUUUGUGGAAACAUUGGACAAAUGCUUCAAGAACGUAUGCGAGCUUGAUGUGGUGCUCAAUUACAGCAAGUUGCAUACUGUAUUGGAUGAGAUAAUUUUUGGAGGUCAAGUGCUGGAAACGAGUUCCACCGAAGUUCUGAAGGCAGUUGAAGAAAUCUCAAAGUGCCUUUUGUGUCCCUCUCCCUCCGUCUGUCUGAAUAUUCUCUUUGAAGGUGGUUUGUAUACCUGUUCUUGUUUGGAUUGGAAUGAUUAAUAGAUGCUGUUUACUUUUGAUGCAGGUUAGAAACAGCUUCAAACGCUAUUUCAUUGGUUCCAAAAUCUGUUUCUAGCUGGAGGAGUCGAUGGUAUACAGUUUGAGUAAUGUGUUACAAUGCAAGUCUCUUGAGCUCACAUCAAAGUGCCGAACUUCAAGAGGAGAAAUUGACCGCUCACCUGUGUGUUAUAUGAAUACCCCUAUUUUUGGGGGAUGCAUUUACAGUGUCUUUUUAUGGUACUUCCUCUUUCAUAGAAUUUUUGAAUAUGGAAUGAGAGAUUGUAUCUACACAUCUCAUUUUUCUAAAUGCACACCUCACGUUUUUGUA